AUGUCUGAGGGAAGCGUGCCGUAUCCGUAUGGCCCCCUGCCGUCCGGUUCUCUCCAGGCUUCCCCAUGGGUGCUGUUCGACAGGAUGUGGACGGCGGCGACGGGAUACGCUCCGACAAAUUUCCUCUUCGUUCCCGGGAAAACGCCCAUGUCGACCGCGAAAGAGACGGCCGUUGGCAUAGCGGUUUAUUACUUGAUGGUUUUCUUCGGCCGUAGGGCGAUGAAGGGUCGUCCGGCUUUCGAGUUGACGUCUUUGUUUCUACUGCACAACCUCUUCUUAUCCCUCCUCAGCGGCUUUGUGCUUUUGCUCUUCGUCGAGGAGCUGGGGCCCGGGCUUUGGAAGCACGGGAUCCACCAUGCCAUCUGCGGUUCUGGAGGAUGGACCACGCGUCUCGUCACUCUGUACUAUGUCAACUACUUGAUAAAGUACUACGAGUUGAUCGACACGGCAUUUCUCAUUCUCAAGAAAAAACCCACCACAUUCCUCCACUGCUACCACCACGGCGCGACCGUCCUCCUCUGCUACACCCAGCUCGCCGGCCAAACCUCCAUCUCCUGGGUCCCCAUCACUCUCAACCUAACCGUCCACGUCCUCAUGUACUGGUACUACUUCCAAAGCGCCCGCGGCAUCCGCGUCCCGUGGAAGGAAUGGAUCACCCGGCUCCAGAUCCUCCAAUUCCUCAUCGACCUCGCCUUCGUCUACUUCGCCUCGUACAGCCGGGCCGCCGUGCGGUACUUCCCCCGGAUGCCGCACGCGGGCGACUGCGCGGGCACCGGCUUCGCGGCCGCGAUGGGCUGCGGGAUCCUGACGUCGUACCUCGCGCUCUUCAUCUCCUUCUACCUCGUCACCUAUAACCGCGUCGGUGCCUCGACCCGGUUGAAGCGGACGACGGGGGCGGAGGCGGUGGUGCGGGAUGUGAAGAGGCAGUUUGUGCGGAUCUAG